GCACAGACCAUAUCAAAAACCUCAGAUGCCGAGCCCUUCGAUGGCCUUCCGUCCCUUUGCCGCUGCAAUUGGCGCAUCGCCAACUGAACCCUCCAGACAUGGCUCACCCAACAUCCUUGCGGGCAUUCCGCCCUCUGAAAUUCUCCAUCUGUGCCUCAUGCCGGUCGAAGGCGCUCUUCCAAUCUCCCUCCUCCCUCCGACCCUUCGGUUCCACUGCUCAUGCCCCAGCGAAAGAGAGCAUCGAUGUGGAUGACGUGAUGAGAAGAAUCGACAAUAGUUUCCAACGCACCCCGGGCACUUACGAAAACAUGAUUCCCCCGACGGGCCAAGUGAAUCCCUUGCUCUACCAAAACCUCCAGAGAAGAGAGUGGGAAGAAGAACCCCGGCAUCAUCUCCACAUCUACGCAACCAAGCACAACACGCACAUUACGCUUACAAAGCCCAAUCGGAACGCCCUGAUAUCUGUAUCUUGCGGGAAUAUUGGGUUCAGGAAAGCCGGAAGGGGCACCUAUGAUGCGGCGUAUCAGCUCGCGGCCUUCGUCAUGAGCAGGAUUCAGGACAAGGGUCUGCUGGUGGAUAUCCAGAAGAUGGAGGUCAUCUAUCGGGGGUUUGGGCCAGGUCGAGAAGCUGUCACGAAGGCGAUUCUCGGCAGUGAAGGAAGGAAGAUUCGCGAUAAGAUUAUUCGAUUGUCUGAUGCAACGAGGCUGAAAUUCGGUGGAACGAGGAGUCCGGCUCCAAGAAGAUUGGGCUGAGAGGGGCUUUGGAUCCUUGUGUGCGUAUGUAACCCUUUUUGGUGGAUUCUACGCCCCAAACACGGCCCAGCGGCAUAUACAUAUCUGUACAGUACGCAAUCAUGAGGGGAAUGAGGCCGUCCAGAACUCGACGAAGAAUUUCAAUGCAGAGGGGUUCGUUCUGGCCACUGUAUAUCACAACAAUUCAAGUGCAU